AUGGCCGAAAAGAAAAGGUUGGAUGAUGAACGCAGAAAGAAAGAGGAGGAAGAUCGACGAGUUCGUCAAGAUGAGGAAAAGAGAAAGAAGGAAGAAGAGAGGAACAAGAAACAGCAGAUGAGUUUCGUUAGCCAAGGCGGUCAGGGUGGAAGGAACUUCGUCGUCCCGACAAAGGCCGAAAAAGGGGAUAAGUUUGGAAACAUUGUGCAAGCAAAACAAGAAAUGGGCAUGACCAAAGAUCAACAAGACGAGGCCAAAAAGCACUUCUUGGUUGGAAUUCGUAAUAGUAUUCCCGAAGUGUCAAGUAUUCCGGAGAAUGAACUGAAGGCAAAGAUCAAGGAGCUACAUCACCGUAUCUGUAGGCUUGAAACAGAUAAAUACGACCUCGAGAAACGUCACGAACGUCAGGAAUAUGACCUGAAAGAAUUGAAUGAACGGUCACGACAAGUUGCAAGAAAUUCUAAUGGCAACAAGCCAACAGCUGAUGCA